GGUCAUCACAGAUCCAUGGGGACACUUUAGUGGCGACUGCGACCUUUUGCAUGAGAACAGAGCAGCACUGACGGACGCCGGAGAGCCAGAGAGCGAGCGCUGGCCUUCGUUUGACUGUGUGACCAGCGAAUGAGCCUUGUUCAUGCGUCUCCCUGCGUGCCACUCCCACAUCACCAUGAACUGUGAGCAGGACUUUGGAGACGGGGGCUUGGGAGUGACCCUCACACUACGACUGCUCAUGCACGGAAAGGAGGUUGGCAGCAUCAUAGGAAAGAAAGGAGAGACGGUGAAACGAAUACGAGAAGAGAGCAGCGCUCGGGUCAACAUCUCAGAGGGCUCCUGUCCUGAGAGGAUCAUCACCAUCACCGGCUCCACAGACUGCGUCUUCAGAGCCUUCACCAUGAUCACGUACAAACUGGAGGAGGACCUGACUGCGUUGGUGGCCAAUGGCACCAUCAGCUCCAAGCCACCAGUCACCCUGCGGCUGGUCAUCCCUGCCAGCCAGUGUGGCUCUCUCAUCGGGAAGGGAGGGGCCAAGAUAAAGGAGAUCAGAGAGAGCACUGGAGCUCAGAUACAGGUGGCAGGGGAUUUGCUGCCCAACUCCACUGAGCGAGGGGUGACGAUAUCUGGGAAUCAGGACUCUGUAAUCCAGUGUGUCAAGCUCAUCUGCACAGUAAUCCUAGAGUCUCCCCCGAAGGGGGCCACCAUCCCCUAUCGGCCGAGCCCCUCACCAGCUGCAGUCCUCAUCGCAGGGAACCAGGUGUUCGAGGCAUCAGAAUUUGCACCCCACCCCAUGUACUCAGUCACCCAGGGUGGUCUGGACCUCCAGCAGGCCUACACUUUGCAAAACCAAUAUGGCAUUCCACACUCAGAGCUGGCCAAGCUACAUCAGCUGUCAAUGCAGCAAGGCCUGAGUCCAAUUGCCCAGCCUGCUUCGACUAUCAUAUCCGGGGUGGACUCCAACUCCCAGACAUCUCAGGAGCUGCUUAUUCCCAAUGAUCUGAUCGGCUCCAUCAUCGGCCGUCAGGGCACCAAGAUCAACGAGAUCAGGCAGGUAUCAGGAGCUCAGAUCAAGAUCGGCAGCCAGCUGGACGGGACAAGUGACCGCCAUGUCACUAUCACAGGAACGCCGGUCAGCAUCAACUUGGCCCAGUACCUCAUUACCUCCUGUUUAGAGACAGCCAAAUCCACGGCCCAGGCGGCCACCAUGUCAGCUCCGGUCGACCUCAACAUGGCCUUCACCCAGCCGGCCUCCCCAGCUGCCUCCCCCGCGCCCACCCUGGCCGCCGUGAGCGCCCUGACCCCGGCUCAUAUGCUGGGCACCCCUUACGGCGCCAUGCCCCUCUCCGGCCUGCUGGGGGUGAAGUCCGUCCCCUUUCUGACUCUGUCCAGCCCCGCCCCCGCCGUGACCGUCACUGCAGCGCCCUCCCACACCACCCUGGCCGCCUACACCGCCAAAAUCUCCUCAGCCAACUGCAUCAAAAAGCCAGAGAGACAGAAGUUUGCUCCUUACUGA